AUGGAUUUCGCCGCCUUGAUGUCCAAGGAGAUCUCGAAAGCCAAAGGCAGUGACUCUACCUCGCCCUCGGGAGCCCACAAAGACACAUCUUCCCCGAAAGAGCCUACGAAGAAAUAUUUGCGCCGAGGAGAAGUUGAGGCAGCGCGCAUAGCAGCUUACGAGGAGGAGCAAGAACGUCUACGCAAAGAACGAGAUGAGAAGCAGACCAAGAAGCGCAAACUUGAGGAGGAAGAGGCAGAUCGACGACGCGAGCGGGAAGAAAAGAAGCAAAAAAUGGCGGAGGAGUCUCAAAAACGAAGAGAGCAAGAGGAGGAAACCAAAGAGCGUGAACGACGACGAAGACUUGGACUACCGGAUCUACCUACAAAAGGCGAAGGCGAGGGGACCCCCGAUGAAGAUGCUGAGAAGGAUAUGGAAGAAGAUGAACUUAUUGAGAAGCUUCGGGAGCUUGAUGAGCCUAUUCGGUUGUUCGGAGAAAACCAUCGGGCGAGACUACGACGUUAUUAUCGAAUUGUCAAGCGAGCUGCUACGAGGCAGAAAAUUACCGAUGGGCCGAUUCCUACGACUUUAGAACCUGUCCCAGGUGGUGAGAUGAUUAUUGCUGCUACAAUUCCGAAGGAGGAAGCUGGUCGGCUCUUCCUCUUCCGUCAGUUGGCAUCUUAUUUUAAUAUGGUGCUUUCUGAGUGGGAGGUUGCUCUGGCAAAGCGAGAUGUGUCUGUGCGACAAAGCUUCCAGGGAAAGCAAGCGUAUAAUGCCAUGGCUCAGUCUCGAGAGAACAUGACGCCACUGUUUCGACGCUUUGAGAAAGCAGAUCUGGAAGACGGCCUGUUGGAUCCUAUUGUGGAGAUUGUGCAUAAGGCGCAGAAACGUCGAUACGUUGAUGCCAAUGAUGCUUAUCUUCGUGUUAGUAUUGGUAAAGCUGCUUGGCCCAUUGGUGUGACCAUGGUUGGUAUUCACGAGCGUUCUGCGCGUGAAAAGCUGCACCAGAGUGAUCAGCAAGCUCAUAUUUUGAGUGAUGAAAUUACUCGAAAGUACCUUCAGAGUAUCAAGCGCUGCCUGAGUUUCGCCCAAGUGCGUUGGCCUCCAGAGGAUCUGCUGCAGAUCAUGGGCUAA